UUUCAAUCAGCUCAAAUCUAAUAAUAUUAUUUUAUAUUAUACUAAUCAAUCGAUCAACAUCUCAAAAAGGUCAUGUCUCAAAAGUCGGGAAGAUCUUCUCCAUCUCCAAAAGAGGAUGACGCUCAACUCCAGGUCCCUCCUACUCGAUCAUCCAGAUCUUCCACAUCUUCGCAGCCUGAUGUGGGACCUCAAACUCGCUCGGCUGGUCUUCCCACCAACCUCAAAUUGAAAGUCGCUACUCAACUGAGUAGACUACAACUCAUGAAGGACAUCUUCUCCAAGCUGUCCAACAUCUCAACAUGGACUGUGCAAGACCUGUCACACACUCAAGAACAGCUGCAAGACCUUCAUAAGAACUUCUCAAAGACUCACUCGUAUUUUGAGUCAGCGUGGCCUGAGUCUUGUCUCGACCACGAAUACUUCGCAUCCUCAGUCUUCUUCGAGGAAUACUCUCUAUACCAAUCAGCCAUCUCGAAAUUAAGACAACUCAAUAUGUCACUCAAUCCUUUGGAUUCACAGCCAUCCACUUCUGCUCAAGUCCCUCAGCCUUCUCAAACUCGUCCUCGAUUGCCUGACAUCUCAAUUCCCACCUUCUCAGGCGACUUCUCAAAAUGGCCUGCCUUCCGAGACCUUUUUCAAUCCCUCGUGAUCAACAGCACCUCAAUUUCUGACAUUGAAAGCAUCGUCAAUCCUCUCCAAAGUUUGAAAGCAGGUGAAGAUCUAGAGCAGAACAAUAAUCUUUUGGUGUUUCAUAUCAUCAACCGUAUGGAUCACGCCUCUCGCACUCAUUGGGAAACUCUCAUCUCCUCUAAUAACGAAUUUCCCUCCUUCGCUCAGUUGAUGGAGUUCCUCCAAUCUCGCUCCAGAGCUCUAGAAUGGACUGAGUCCAAUCAGAGACAGUCAUCUCAAGAAUCCUCUCGCUCUCGCACAACAGUGCACACCAUCUCUCAAAAGGUUACUGCUCCAAUUAAACCUUCUCCUCCACUCAUCUCAAGCAAAUCGGCCUCCUCGAACACUCCAAUCUCGAAAGUCUCUUCUAUGCCGGGCUACACCUGUGAUGAUUGUGGACGCGACCACUUCGUUGCAGAUUGCCCUCGCUUCUCCAAGCGCUCACCUCAGGAAAAAGCUGAUGUGGUGUUACUUCGCAUCCUCUGCUCCAACUGCCUCGGUAGACAUCAUCGCCACUCUUGCAGAACGACAAAGAUCUGCAAAAUCUGUGGAAGUCGUCAUCAUACACUUCUACAUGAUGCUCCUCUCAGCAGUAAACCACACUGCAAAGUUCCACCGGUACCCCCUCGAGUGCUUCCACAAUACGCUCUCACAUCUCAAAAAUCGGCUCAAAGGGAGCUACCUCAACCACGACUCAACACUCUCCUCGCCACUGCCAUCGCCCAUCUCAUCACCUCAACAGGAUCACACACGGUUCGACUACUCAUCGACAGUGGAUCCGAGCUGACCUUCAUCUCUCAAGAUCUAGCCAGAAAACUCAACAUCUCUAGAAGGAAGUCGCAUGUUGUAAUUGUGGGAAUUCAUGGAAAGACUUCUAAGACACAAGGAUCUCUCGCCCUCACUCUCAAGUCGACGUAUGACCAUCAAACCAUAAAUAUUGAUGCUCACAUUCUUUCAUCAUCUUUCUCUAAUCUGCCUUCCUUCUAUACAUGUUUUCAGCAAUCUCUACAUCUCCAGCAUCUCAAGUUAGCUGAUCCAGAAUACCACAUCUCAAGAGCCAUCGACAUCAUUUUGGGUGCUGAUGUAUAUGGCUCAGUUGUUCUUCCUCAGAUGAAAAAAGGCCCUCCAUCAUCUCCAAUCGCGCAACUCUCAAUCUUCGGCUGGCUAAUCCUAGGACCUGUGUGUCAAGAACAGGAACGCCUUCCAAUCCAAUCUCCAAUGUUUCACACUGUUCAAGAUGAAGACUUACAUCAUCUCCUCACUAAGUUUUGGGAACAGGAAGAAAUUCAACCAACGUCUACGUCACAUCUCACCUCUGACGAGCAAGAAUGUGAAAACCACUUUGUCUCCACUCACUCAAGGCUCUCCUCUGGGAAAUACAUGGUAAGAUUACCAUUGAAAUCAUCUAUUGACGUCUUAGGUUCUUCCAGACAACGAGCCUUCCGAUGUCUGCAAGCCUUGAUUCGGAAAUUCGACAAGGAUCCUGACUACUCUCUGCUCUACCACCAAUUUCUCGAUGAAUAUGAACUCCUCCAGCACAUGCAACCAGUCUCGUCAGAAAAGGUCAACUCAAGAUAUUUUCUUCCUCAUCAUGGUGUUCUCAAAACAGACAGCUCUACAACGAAACUGCGAGUAGUCUUCAACGGCUCCAGCCCCACCUCAACUGGUAUUUCUCUCAACGAUAUUAUGCACACCGGAGCGAAACUACAACUCGACGUGAUUGAUGUUCUUAUGUGGGUGCGUAAAUUUAAAUUUGUCUUCUCUACAGAUAUCACAAAGAUGUACAGACAGAUUCUUGUUCAUCCUGAUGAUUGGGAUCUUCAAAGUAUCGGUCACAUACGGAACUAG